AUGGGAAAUGGCACGGGGUUGACCGAGUUCAUCCUCGUGGGGCUCACAGAUGACCCCCACUUGCAAGCUCUGAUCUUCCUCGUCCUCUUCCUCACCUACACAUUCAGCGUCACCAGGGACCUGACAAUCGUCACCCUCACCCUCCUGGACUCCGGCCUUCGCACCCCCAUGUACAUCGUCCUGUGCAGCUUCUCCUUGCUGGAGAUCGCCUUCACAUCCGCCUGCAUUCCCAGUUUCCUGGUCACCAUCGUCACCAGAGACAGAAUCAUUUCCUUUUCCAACUGCUUCAGUCAGCUGUUCUUCAUCAUCUUUCUGGGCGGGACGGAGUUCUUCCUCCUGGCCGCCAUGUCCUACGACCGCUACGUCUCCAUUUGCCGGCCGCUGCACUACAAGACCGCCAUGAGCCGGGGUUUAUCUGAUCGCUUCCCACCGGUUGUGAAGAUCGCCCAGCUAGACCUUUGCAACUCCAACAUCCUUAACCACUUCAUCUGCGAUUCUUCCGCUAUGAUGAGGAUCUCGUGCACAGACACACGCUACCUAGAGCUGAUCGCUUUCCUUCUGGCCUUGGAGACGCUUCUGGUCACCCUGGCAUUAAUGACCGCGUGA